AUGGCAAAACCAGGGGAUGUGCUCAAGAUCUUCGCAUCCAAACCGUAUUACCUUGGGAUCUUGCCAGCAAGUCGGGCUGAGGUCAGUUCAAUCUAAUUCUAUCUGAUUUGGGAGCUUUUUGGAUUAUUUUUUGAAGAAUAGUAUCAGACUUGCCUACUGCAAUAUAAAAAAUGGUUGAAAAAUCCAAUUUCUUGAUCUAACUUGACGAGUUUUUUGUAUCAUCUAAAAUCUUAGGUCUCAACAACCAAUAAUUUCGUAUUUUAGACGUGCAUGACAAAUCCGGGCGACUUUGCGAUCCGUUUGGAUACGAAGCAACCCAUCAAGAUUAUAGCCAUGUUGAAGGGCGAGAAGGUCUAUCAUCAGCAACUCGGAUACGAUGGAGCCCAUUUCUGGCCGGUCCGAAAGACGAGUCAGAAGUUCAGCACAUUCCCAGAGUUCAUCGAUUUUUAUCACACGAAUCCCUUGUUCUUCGAGGAGGAUCAACUGUUCAUAAAGAAUAUCAAUGUCCGCCCGGCAUGGCUGUUGCCUCCAGGGGACGUGAAACUCAGCAAGGACAGACUGGGUAAGAUUUUUGGCAAUUUUAUCCAAUUAUUUUGGAUAAAAUAAUUGGAGUUUUUUGAAAAUUUUGAUGACUAUUGUCAAGUGUAAUAUAAUUUUUUAUUUUAUUGGGGGUUAGUAAAAACUUUACUAUUUAAUAUCAAAACAUAUAAUGAUGACGGAUUUUUUCGAAAAAUCAUAUUUUCAGGCAGUGGAAAUUUUUGCGACGUCUACGCCGGCACGUACAAGAAGAAAGUGGUUGCCAUCAAGGUUUGCCAUACGGGAAUAGGUAAGUGAAAUAGUCCUAUUUUAAAAAUUAUUUUUUAAUUUUAGAUACCACCGAAGUCGCCGAAGCCAAUGUUGCCAUGGUCAGUGAGGCCGCCGUUAUGAGGGGGAUUCGGCAUGAGAAUGUCGUUACUGUAAGUCAUGUUCUAUAUCAUCAAAUGUUCGAGUUUGAAAAAAAACUUUUUUUUUGAUUAUAGUGUAAUUGGAUUUACCUUUCAGUUCUAUGGAAUCUCCUGCGACGAGCCCCCGAUCAUGAUCGUAAUGGAAAGUUGCUCAGGCGGAGCGCUGGGAAGUCAUCUGGUAAAGGAGGGCGAGAAGAUCAAAGUGGCCGAACGAAAGAGAUAUAUAAUGGAAGCCGCGGCCGGAAUGUGUUUUCUGCACAGCAAGUAGGUUCUGUUUAGCUGUGCUUUGCAUCACUGGCGUAUUUUGUACAUUGGGUAUUUAUUUUUGAGGUUUUCGAAAUUUUUAGUCAUCUACAGUAAGAUAAUGUGAAAAAUAGCCAAAAUAGGUCCUAACAUAAGGAGAAAAAAGUUUCAUAGGUCUGAAAAUGAUGGUAGUUUCGAGGAGUGAGUUAGUUUUGCCCAGGAAAAUUGCACACUCGCAAUAAUUUCCAUUUCCAGAGAUGUGAUUCAUCGAGACUUGGCGGCGAGAAACUGCCUCCUGAACAGUGCCGGAGUGGUCAAGAUCAGCGACUUUGGGCUGAGCAAGGUGGUUAAUUCCAUUUCGGGCGAGAAUCUGGCAAAACAACACCUUCCCGUGAGAUGGAUGGCGCCGGAAACGUUGAGGAAAGUUGGGACUUUCACCAAGGCCAGUGAUGUCUGGUCGUACGGAGUCCUCUGCUUCGAGGUCUUCAACGGCGGAGUGAAGCCCUGGCCUGAUUGGGAGGUACAGAAAGUGGCGACAUGCAUCCGAAAUGGCGACAUGCCCGAAUUCCCGUCAAUCACGCCGGACGAGAUCAAGACGAUGAUCCGGGAGCACGUCUGGGUGAUCGACACGCGGAAAAGGUGGUCCUUUGAGAAGAUUAUGAAGUUUUGGAGGAGUCAAACUCCAAAAAUGCCUGCUCCUACUCCUGCCACUCAGGUGGUAAGUGGAUUUUGACAAUUGUGGAGUUUUGUCAGGGCGCAGUUUGCGGAAAUUGAAUUUUUGGACUUUGAUAAAAAAAAUUUUAUUCCGAUUUUAGACAGAUUCGAAGGAGGUCUCUUUCUGCGAUGAUAGCGACUCUAAAGACAGUGACGUCAACCUCGUAGUGGGACCAACUCAAGAACCAUUAAGCGAAAAAGAGGAAAAGGUGGAAAAGGUCCCGGCGAAACCACAUGGAUCCAAUGCUUCGAUGACUGGUCAAGGGUCUGGAAAAACGACCACCGGUGGCGAUAGAUCGAAACGUCGAAAGAAAAGCAAACGGAAUAACGAUAAGGAACCGAAGCCCGUAUGUUUAUUUUUGAUGCAAUGUUGCGAUUUUUAGGUUGGGAAUGCCUGAUCAUGAUGUUAGAUUGUGUCAAAGUCAUUAGAGUUUAGUUUCGGGUUUGGUAUAGGCGUAAAUCACAUUAGGAACAGACUUUUUAUGACGUUAUAGUAGAUUUUAGGUAACAACUUUCGGAUUUUUGAUAAUAAGAGAUUUUUAGAAGAACUGUGACCAACCAAAAGAAUCCACUCCCCACUCCAAAGAUACCAAGGCUGCGAAGGCGGGUACUCCUCCAGAGACGACCUCCAAGCCUCCUCCAGAGACGAUCUCCAAGCCUCCAGAUGAUCAUAGCGCCAAUUUGAUCGUCUCUGAACUCCAGAGAGACAUGGCCAGAAAACGAGGAUCUUUCAGAAGGAAGGGAAGCCGCGAACGCGAACCACAUCCAAGGCAUCGCAAAUCCAAAGGAACGCUUCGGAAGGUUUCGAUUAAGCUCGCAUCCGACGUGAACCCAGAAGAAGAUCCCAAGCAAUCGCAUGUGAAGUCCAAGAAAGGAAGUAUGCGGAGAUCGAAGCAAACCAAGACUGCUGAACAACAGUGA